UCGAGGAGUGUCCACCGCAUGGCGUUGGCAAUCCUGCAGCUGUGCAACAAGGACAAGUCCUGUUGGUGUUCAGACAAACCUCCCCCUCCCUUUUCCUGCCUCCAAAAUGGCCAAGAAUUAAGAGUGAAUUGUAGUGAAUUGUAGGAAGGAGAGGAAGAUACGAAUAUCUUAUUUCUUAUCCAGCUUGGAGUUUCUUAGCAAACGUGAUGCGGCAUCUGUUUUGUUUUGCUUUUUUUAUCCUUUGGUAGAGGGACUGAAGUUUUAAAUACUGCAGUCGGGGUGCCUGUUUUGUGUCAGCUCUAAACUUUCUUUCCCUUCCAGUCCUUUCCCAACUUGCCUCGUCAGGGUUUCUCCUAUGAGCCGAGGCUAUUUUCAAGGCUGCGAAUUAGUUGCAGGUCUAAUCUGGCUGGUGAAAUUUGAAGAACAUUCCUGUGAUGGAGGGAGAACAGCAGCAGGAGACAGCUGCAGAACCGGAACCUUCACCUGAUGUACAAGGAGAUGGGCCAAAAGAUGCUUCAGACAUUGCGUCAAAUCUUUCUGAUGCAGAUGCUUUAAAAAUACUUCUGGAAAUGAAGAUGAAGAAGAGACAGAAAAAGCCCAGCCUUCCAAGCACUGUGACUGAACUUUCCACUGAAGAGGGCUCCAAAGUGUAUGUUGUUGGCACUGCUCACUUCAGUGACAGCAGCAAAAGAGAUGUAGUGAAGACAAUACAAGAAGUACAACCUGAUGUGGUCGUGGUUGAGCUAUGUCAGUACAGAGUUUCUAUGUUAAAAAUGGAUGAAAGAACAUUGCUAAAGGAAGCCAAAGAAAUCAAUCUGGAGAAACUUCAGCAAGCUAUAAAGCAGAAUGGGCUCAUGUCUGGAUUGAUGCAAAUGCUGCUGCUGAAGGUCUCUGCACAUAUCACAGAGCAGCUGGGAAUGGCUCCUGGAGGGGAGUUCAGGGAGGCUUUCAAAGAGGCUAGUAAAGUACCUUUCUGCAAAUUUCAUCUUGGGGACAGACCAAUUCCAGUCACUUUCAAGAGAGCUAUUGCUGCACUUUCUUUCUGGCAAAAAGUCAAGCUUGCUUGGGGCCUUUGCUUCCUUUCUGACCCAAUCAGUAAAGAUGAUGUGGAGAAAUGUAAACAAAAGGAUUUGUUGGAGCAAAUGAUGGCAGAGAUGAUUGGUGAGUUUCCUGAUCUUCAUCGAACAAUUGUCUCAGAAAGAGAUAUUUACUUGACCUACAUGUUGAAGCAAGCUGCAAAGCGAACAGAACUACCUCGUGCUUCUGAAGCGGAACCUAGAAGAUGCGUCCCUUCCAUUGUAGUUGGGGUGGUUGGAAUGGGUCAUGUGCCCGGGAUUGAAAAGAACUGGAAUACGGACUUGAACAUCCAUGAAAUAAUGAGUGUGCCACCUCCAUCACCCUCAAGUAAAAUCCUCAAACUUGUUAUAAAGGCCACGGUAUUUGGACUAGUGGGCUAUGGCUGCUAUAGGAUGGGACAAAGGACAGUCCGGUUUAUUCUCUCUAUGCCCGUUGCACAGAACUAUCUUCAGAAACUGGCAGAUGUAAAGCCUCACCACUGAAUUGGAAGACUCUGCAACUACCUAGAGCAAAAUGCAUCAUACUUAAAACUGGAUUGGAAAGAAAUGACUGUCGAAUUUAACAGAAUUCUGUCCAAAGGUCUUAUUUGACUCUUGAGUUACAGCAUAACCAGUGGAUUGUCAUUAAAUGCUACACCAGCUGGGACCUAAAUGAAUAAGCAUUCACUCGCAAACCUGGCUAAAUGUGCAGCAUAAAAGUACAUGCCAGUAUAAGGUACCGAAAGUAUGUACACAUAUAUAUUAUACUAUUAUGUGUAUAUUGUGUAUUUAUAAAGAUGAUGAUAUAGUGGACAGACAACAUUGAAUCUAAUAUUCUUGGACACAGUUCACUGGAAAGUUCCAAUGUGCACGCACCAUUGAAAUGAAUGAGACCUGUACAAAACUGCAGCCAUUCAUUCCAGUGAAGCUAGCACAGAAGAAUGUCCUGGUGGAUUGUGUCCCUUGAUUUCUUUUUCCAGAACAGAGCAAACAAUAUGCUAGUUGCAUUCCUAUUAGAAAGCACAGUGGCCCAUUAGGUAUGUGUGUGUUCGGUAUAAGUAAUGCCAAGCUAUCCUUCCUGGUGCCAAGCACCUAUAAAAUUACUUAGAAGGACCUCUUCUUACUGAAAAACAUUUAUACUUAGUGGCUUUUUAAAAGAAAACAAAUGGCAGAAGCUUUUGAAAUAUCAGAAACUUGCUGGCUGCUAUUGAUAAAACCUCUAAAUGUCUUUUACAAGCCUUACUGACUUUAAAAAAAGUUGCCUUCAGCAUUGUACCCAGUGGACGUGAUCCAGCCAAAAUUAAUCACUUUAAAAUCCUGGCUUUAAAAUUUCAAAGGGAUUACAAUCACUUUGAAUUUUAAUGGAAGGUAUAAGAGUGCUUAAGUUUGGCCAGCUUAGCCUUCCCUAGCCUGAUGCCCUCCAGAUGUGCUGGACUAAAACAUGGAAGGCACCAGGUUGGCAAGGCUGGCCUAGAUCACACCUUCCCAACAAUUGUUCUCUCAAAUGAACUGUUCAGUUGUAAUCUGACUGAUUUUUUUAAAGUUGCUGUUGGGUAACUUCCUAUGUUUACAGGGCACACAGUUCCUCCAAGAUUAGAUUUAAUUUUAUUCAUAUUGGUAAACCAAAUCCUCUCAGUGUAAAUUUCAGUACUGCAAAAUUGUUGAGACUCGUGUAGCCCUCCUACUAUUGAGGUUUCACUUCAGUUCUUUGGGGAAAAAUAAAUCUGGAACUGUUGUGUAUGUAGUAUUUACCCUUCAUUCCUCAGAUGCCAUGUAAGCUAUUAUCACAAUUCCAGUGGAAUAUAAUAAAAUACUGAUUUAAAAAAAAUCAGCGGAAUGUUAUUUUAACAGAUAUCAAUCAGUAUUUUUAACUGCCUAGGUUUUGUUUGUGUAGCUUUUAUGGAUCCUUUUCAAUAAUUCUUUUUUUAAAAACAUACAUUUUUUAAAAAAACACAUUUUGUCAUGUAUGCUUUGUAGACAUUUAUAUGCCCUUCAGAUUGCCUUUGAGUGCAUACUAUGUGUUGCCAUCUCAACAGAAUAUUAAUCAUAAAAAAUAUGGCUGUUAAUCUAUCCUGUGAAAGCAUCUUGCCUUUUAUGCAAUUGUUGUCCAUCUUUUUUGGAGACGGUGCUGUUUGGACAAUGAGCGAGAAACUGAACACUGAAAUCGGUAGGAUCCAUAACCUGACUGCAUGUUUAGCAAAGCAAAUGUGAGGAGCACAUUUCCAAAUGAAUACCACUUAUGUAGGUUUUCUUCUCACCGAACGUAAUACAGAACAGAUAAGUGCACUUGGGUCCCAUGGGCCGGCAAGAAACAAGAGUUAUGCACAAUUAGCUGUGUAAUGAAUAUGGCUGUGUUUAGGUUUUGGUGCUUACUUAAAAGAAGGCUAUCAUUUUGUUUUCUUGCUGGUGAUAUUGCAGUAGCGGUGUUUAGGGGAAUUCCACAUUGUUGAAUGAGGCUUAUAAUGGAUUGUUUUAUUGAACUUAAUGGAAGUAGUACACUUGCAGGGCCCAAUGCACUGUAUUCCCCAACAUCAGAGGAAAUAAAUAUUCCUAAAUGAAAUUUGACACUUUUUUUGCAUCAUAUAUUGUAAUUAUAUCUGCAAAAAAAACCAAAACCUGAUGUUUGCUUGUUAAUAGCACUCAACACAGUUUACACUGGAACUGUAACACUUAACUGUAUUAUACAAUUAAGUGGUUUGUGUUUGAGAACCAAAGUAGCAGUAAGAAAUGUGGGGGAAAUAGUCUUCCCCCCACCAUUCAUAUGCAAAUCUUUUGAAUAGCUUAUACACUUGAUUAAACAAAAACAUUUUUAACUGAAAUGUGAAAUGAUGGGAGAGGGUCGGUAGGUUGUUGUUUUUUUACAGGUGCAAAUCCAACACAAGGUGCAAGAAGUUAAGGAUCAUGUCAUUGGACCUCACCACGUACUGCUUUGCUGACAAUUGUCUGGAAGAAAAAGGAGACUGAGCUGGAAAGUACUAUGUGUAUGCAACUUUUCACCAGUUGGAAUGAUUAUUUUAAUUAUGAUGGUUUCUCCUUUGUUAACUCUUAAGAAGUUUGAUAAAAUGCUUCCAAAUAAGUUUAUUUUUUAUCAUACUUCGGGGAAUAUGUUAGAAAAUGAGAUAAGAGGGGCUAUUAAAACUAGCUUUUAUGUCUUACCAAAACAUGUCACAAACCUGUUAGAUCUCUUUGUGUUCCCCCACCCUCAUUUUGUAAGUUAACUGUAUUAUGUUUACUUCAAAGUAUUUCAUACUCAGGUAAACUUUGCAAAAGAUUAAAACAAAGUUGAAUGGCAAAUGUGAGCCUUAAGCUUGAAUGGACUAAUGUUAAUGAUGGACUGGAGGCAUGCUGUAUUCUAUGUAUUGCCAUAUGCCAAAAAAGAGAACAAGAAUAAAAUGAUUUGCUGUAAGCUAUCAUUUCAUAAUUAUUAA